UCGGCUGUCUCUGUCUGUCUGCCAGGGUCUCCGGCUGUCCCAGACGGGCCAGUGAGGGUUUCGGAUCCUCCUGGUGACCUCUCCAGACUAGCUCCCCUCAGCCACUCUGCGCCAAGAUGGGCCGUGGGGCCGGCCGCGAGUACUCGCCCGCCGCCACCACUGCAGAGAAUGGGGGUGGCAAGAAGAAACAGAAAGAAAAGGAGCUGGAUGAGCUGAAGAAGGAGGUGGCCAUGGAUGAUCACAAGCUGUCCUUGGAUGAGCUGGGCCGCAAAUACCAAGUGGACUUGUCCAAGGGCCUCACCAACCAGCGGGCUCAGGACAUUCUGGCUCGUGAUGGGCCCAACGCCCUCACUCCACCCCCCACAACCCCUGAGUGGGUCAAGUUCUGUCGUCAGCUUUUUGGGGGCUUCUCCAUCCUGCUGUGGAUAGGGGCUGUCCUCUGCUUCCUGGCCUUCGGCAUCCAGGCUGCCAUGGAAGAUGAACCAUCCAAUGACAAUCUAUAUCUGGGUGUGGUGCUGGCAGCUGUGGUCAUCGUUACUGGCUGCUUCUCCUACUACCAGGAAGCCAAGAGCUCCAAGAUCAUGGAUUCCUUCAAGAACAUGGUACCUCAGCAAGCCCUUGUGAUCCGGGAGGGAGAGAAGACGCAGAUCAAUGCAGAGGAGGUGGUGGUGGGAGAUCUGGUGGAGGUGAAGGGCGGAGACCGCGUCCCUGCUGACCUGCGGAUCAUCUCUUCUCACGGCUGUAAGGUGGAUAAUUCAUCCCUAACCGGCGAGUCGGAGCCCCAGACCCGCUCCCCUGAGUUCACCCAUGAGAACCCCCUGGAGACCCGCAAUAUCUGUUUCUUCUCUACCAACUGUGUUGAAGGCACUGCCAGGGGCAUCGUGAUUGCCACAGGUGACCGGACGGUGAUGGGCCGCAUAGCCACUCUUGCCUCAGGCCUAGAAGUGGGGCGGACGCCAAUUGCCAUGGAGAUCGAACACUUCAUCCAGCUGAUCACAGGGGUGGCCGUGUUCCUGGGUGUCUCCUUCUUCGUGCUCUCCCUCAUCCUGGGCUACAGCUGGCUGGAGGCAGUAAUCUUCCUUAUUGGCAUUAUCGUGGCCAAUGUACCUGAGGGGCUUCUGGCCACUGUCACUGUGUGCCUGACCCUGACAGCCAAGCGCAUGGCACGAAAGAACUGCCUGGUGAAGAACCUGGAGGCCGUGGAGACGCUGGGCUCCACGUCCACCAUCUGCUCGGACAAGACGGGCACCCUCACCCAGAACCGCAUGACCGUCGCCCACAUGUGGUUUGACAACCAGAUCCAUGAGGCUGAUACCACCGAAGAUCAGUCUGGGGCCACUUUUGACAAACGAUCCCCCACGUGGACAGCCCUGUCUCGGAUUGCUGGUCUCUGCAACCGUGCCGUCUUCAAGGCUGGGCAGGAGAACAUCUCUGUGUCUAAGCGGGACACAGCUGGUGAUGCCUCCGAGUCAGCUCUGCUCAAGUGCAUUGAACUGUCCUGUGGCUCCGUGAGGAAGAUGAGGGACAGGAACCCCAAGGUGGCAGAGAUUCCUUUCAACUCUACCAACAAGUACCAGCUUUCCAUCCACGAGCGAGAAGACAGCCCCCAGAGCCAUGUGCUGGUGAUGAAGGGAGCCCCAGAGCGCAUCCUGGACCGGUGCUCCACCAUCCUGAUGCAGGGCAAGGAGAUCCCCCUGGACAAGGAGAUGCAAGACGCCUUUCAAAAUGCCUACAUGGAGCUGGGAGGACUGGGGGAGCGUGUGCUGGGGUUCUGUCAACUGAACCUGCCUCCUGCAAAGUUUCCUCGGGGCUUCAGAUUCGACACGGAUGAGCUGAACUUUCCCACGGAGAAGCUCUGCUUUGUGGGGCUCAUGUCUAUGAUUGACCCUCCCCGGGCUGCUGUUCCAGAUGCUGUGGGCAAGUGCCGGAGUGCAGGCAUCAAGGUGAUCAUGGUGACCGGGGAUCACCCUAUCACAGCCAAGGCCAUUGCCAAAGGCGUGGGCAUUAUAUCAGAGGGUAACGAGACUGUGGAGGACAUUGCAGCCCGGCUCAACAUUCCCGUGAGUCAAGUCAAUCCCAGAGAGGCCAAGGCGUGUGUGGUACAUGGCUCUGACCUGAAGGACAUGACGUCGGAGCAGCUGGAUGAGAUCCUCAAGAACCACACGGAGAUCGUGUUUGCCCGGACAUCUCCUCAGCAAAAGCUCAUCAUCGUGGAGGGAUGUCAGAGGCAGGGAGCCAUUGUGGCAGUGACAGGUGACGGGGUGAACGACUCACCCGCACUGAAGAAAGCUGACAUUGGCAUUGCCAUGGGCAUCGCUGGCUCUGAUGUCUCCAAGCAGGCAGCCGACAUGAUCCUGCUGGAUGACAACUUUGCCUCCAUUGUCACAGGCGUGGAGGAGGGCCGCCUCAUCUUUGACAACCUGAAGAAAUCCAUUGCCUACACCCUGACCAGCAACAUUCCUGAGAUCACGCCCUUCCUGCUGUUCAUCAUCAUCAACAUCCCCCUGCCUCUGGGCACCGUGACCAUCCUCUGCAUUGACCUGGGCACAGAUAUGGUCCCGGCCAUUUCCUUGGCCUAUGAGGCAGCUGAGAGUGACAUCAUGAAGCGGCAGCCACGAAAUCCCCAGACAGACAAGCUGGUGAACGAGAGGCUGAUCAGCAUGGCCUAUGGACAGAUCGGGAUGAUCCAGGCACUGGGUGGCUUCUUCACCUACUUUGUGAUCCUGGCAGAGAAUGGUUUCCUGCCGUCACGGCUGCUGGGAAUCCGCCUUGACUGGGAUGACCGGACCAUGAAUGACCUGGAGGACAGCUAUGGACAGGAGUGGACCUAUGAGCAGCGGAAGGUGGUGGAGUUCACAUGCCACACGGCCUUCUUUGCCAGUAUCGUUGUUGUGCAGUGGGCUGACCUCAUCAUCUGCAAGACCCGCCGCAACUCCGUCUUCCAGCAGGGCAUGAAGAACAAGAUCCUGAUUUUUGGGCUCCUGGAGGAGACGGCGUUGGCUGCAUUUCUGUCUUACUGCCCGGGCAUGGGUGUAGCCCUCCGCAUGUACCCACUCAAGGUCACUUGGUGGUUCUGUGCCUUCCCCUACAGUCUCCUCAUCUUCGUCUAUGAUGAGGUCCGAAAGCUCAUCCUGCGGCGCUAUCCUGGUGGCUGGGUGGAGAAGGAGACAUACUACUGAGCCCACUGGAAGAAGAACCGGGAAAGAUGGGGUGCUCUGGAGGUGUUGUGGGGAUGGCGACUGGGAGGGAUGGAAAAAACUAGGGUGAUAUUUUGGGGAGAGAAAAUGAGACAACCAGCAGGCUAAGUUGGGGGGGAAUGGGUAAAUAAGCUUGAGGUAAUCGCCCCGUAGACCUAACUGUGAACUCUCAGAUUAGACACUACAUGUUAGGGUCCCCUCCCCAGAUCCUUCUCCAUCCCACUAUGUUGUCAAUGCUUUUCUGAGGAAUUAAGGGUUACCCCAACCCUCCUCAUUUCUUAUCCCUUCACCACUACCCUCUACUUGAACAAAUCAACAUCCAAAGGCAGGGACCUGUGUAAACCAGGAGAGGGAAACCCUCUCAGAUCACCAAGCGUCCUUCAUCUCUCCGGCCUUGCUCCACCUGCCACUUUCACCUCUCCUUGGCUUCCUGCCUGACUAUCCCUUUGCUUCCCCUUCAGACCUUGAAAUCACAAAAGGUUCCUCCUGGUGAGUGCAAGAUCCUGAGGGCAGAAAGGGAAGCUGGACGGAGAGGCCCCACUUGUCUCAAAGUCAAGGCUGGUUAGGGACUUGGAGAGGAGAGUUGGGCAGACAGGUGGGAGCAUGGGGUAAGGCUGGCUGGAUGAGGGAAACGACAGAGGGAAAGAGACAGAAAAGGAGAGAGACGGUGCCAGUGACAGAACAUGUCUUGAGUCUCCAGGUUGAAGUCUGGGGCCCAGCUCUGUGUCCUGCCCAUUUAGAAUACCCCACCAGCAGACGAAUUCAGAUCUCAUCAGAGUAGCAGCAGAAGCAAUCUUUGGAGCUUCACGGUGAUGCCACAUUCGUGUGGCAUGGAGUUCCCCACUCACCCUUGUUAGUGGUCCUCUUGAUGCACAAGGCCCAGCUGUCACAGAAGCUCCAUCUCUCUCAAUCACAGGCACUUGGUAACACUCCAACCUUGAGAAUACUAAGCCCACGUUGUUCUGAGAGGGAUGGCUGCCAGUUUUCUCCCAGACCCUUCCACUCCAUUCCCCUUCAUGCCCAUCCUGCUGAACCUGUGUCACUCCCGGGCACUGCCAGCCAGCCCUGGAAAAGGAGUUCUCUGGCCAUUGGCUGGAAUGAGGGUGGGGAAGUUUCUAAAAACUUCUUGUCUUCCAGGGAAGUGCAGAAUCAGUUUAGGUCACGAACAUGGUCAGAACAUUUGGACAAUAAGGGGGAAAAUAUUAGGAGGCCUGCCUGGACCUCUCAGAUGGCAGGGCUGCUCAUCCCAGGCGGGUGUCCUUCACACCGAUGGUCACUGUGCACACUUUCCUUGAGACGGGGAAUUGGUUGCAGGUUUCUACAGGAGAUGCUUUUCUUUCCCUUCCUCCUUCCUCACCUAACACUGUUGCUCUGCAGGCAGCUCUGCCCAUUCUCUAAGCCUGGCACAGAAGGCAUCGGGAAUGUCCUGUGCAGAGACAUAGAUGAGCCAAGCGAGUAAGAGACACUUAAGGAAAAUGGAAGACCUAAGGCAGAAAGAAAGGAAGCACAAAGACAAAUGUUAGGCCAGGCCCAUAAACAGCUUCCCAAGGGCUAUUAUUUCAUUGCGCCGGAAUUUGGCUUUAUCAGAAGUACCCUGAAAUAAGUGAACCAUUGCCUUGGGCUUGGAAAUCUACAUGGGAAAACAUAUUAAUCUGGGCCCUAUUAAUUUGAGACUAUUGACUGUGGACAAAAGUUUAUCUUUGCACAGUCAAUUAAAAUGGUAUUUUUUUAGUAAAUUAAGAGCGUAAACAAUAUUUCUAGGGGAGGUAUAUUUAGUCUACCUAAAACAAUACUUUUCAGGCACUUUAGGAAUAUCCAUUUAGAAGUAACAAAUGCAUGAGCUAAUUAUCAUCAGUUUUUAUGUAUUUGUUAAAGAAACAUCUACAGGCUCUUUACUGGUGACCUUUUGUAAGACAUUAGCUUGAGGUAUUACAUAUGUACUUGAAAAUAAUAAAGUUGCAUUUCUUUAUGGAAAAAAAUGAAA